AUGAGUAGUUCCAGGGAGAAGGGAUCCUUCUCUAAAACAAGUAUCGAAAAGGAGACUUAUUUGCCAGACAUUGCUGACGAGAAAGUAGUUGACAUUGAGAAUGUUCAUGAAGAAAGUAGCGAUUCCGAAAACGAACUUGAUGCAGAUGUAGCAGAGCUUCCAAAGGUCGUUAGAGAAAUUGUUCCUUUGGAAGAUGAUCCAUCUACUCCGGUUAUGACGUUUCGUUACUUCUUGCUUUCUUUCAUUUUUAUCAUACCAGGUGCCUUCAUCUCUACCAUGAAUUCAUAUCGUACAACUUCAGCUGCCUACUCCAUUUUUUUUGUUCAAAUUGCUUCACAUUGGGUAGGAAAGUGGUUAGCAAGAGUUCUUCCCCACAAAAAGGUUAAAAUUGGCAGGUUUAGUUUCAACUUAAACCCAGGUCCUUGGUCUAUUAAAGAAACAGCAAUGGUAACAAUCACAGCAAGCAGUGGUGCUACUGGAAACCAAGGUACAAGUGCUCUCUCGUUAGCUGAAAUUUACUAUGGUGAGAAGGUCAAUGCAGCAGUUGCACUUUUCUACAUGUGGGCAAUUGUCUUUGUUGGUUAUUCAUAUGCUGCAAUUGCGAGAAAUUUCUUGUUGUACGAUCCUCAGUUUGUGUGGCCUCAAGCACUUAUGCAAACUACUUUAUUUCAAACGCAGAAGAGAUCUGAUGCAGAUUCGAAAUUAGGUUCCAAACAAAUGAAGGUAUUCUUUGCUGUGCUAAUUGGGGUAACUGUCUGGGAAUUCUUUCCGGAGUUCAUUUUCCCAAUGACCUCUUCGCUAGCCUUUUUAUGUUGGGUAGCACCAAGAAAUAAAACGGCAAAUUUUAUUGGAUCUGGACUCGGUGGAAUGGGGUUCCUUAAUUUGACUUUGGAUUGGUCCAAUAUUACUUCUUCCAUCAUGUUAUCACCCUAUUGGAUUCAAGUUAUCCAAUUCCUUGCUUUUGUUGUUGGAGCUUGGAUUUUAAUUCCUGCUGCAAAGUGGGGAAAUCUUUCAAAUUUCAAGUAUGGAUUAAUGUCAAAUAGUCUUUUUAUGUCUAAUGGUACUUCUUAUCCAACGAGUCAGCUCUUGACAGCUGAUUUCAGAUUAAACGAGACCGCCUAUGCAGAGCUUGGAAAAGUUCACAUUGGUGCUCAGAGAGCAUGGAACAUGUUUUUUGAUUAUGCUUCAUACAUUAGUGGUAUUAUAUGGGUAGUGGUAUUCGGCUACGAUACUCUUGGAAACUCUUUCAAGAAAUUAAUUGCUUCUUUCAAAGACCGAAAAUCAAAUAAGGGUGCACUUUCUAUUAACUUACAGUAUACCGACAGAUUGAAUAAACUACAAUCAAAAUACAACGAAGUUCCGUUAUACUGGUAUGUUGUGCUAUUUUUGGCAUCUUUCAUAACAUUACUUGUUAUUUUUGCUACUGGUCAACUCUUCAUGCCGUGGUGGUGUUUAUUAGUUGGGUUGGGAUUUGGUUCCAUUAUUGUUACUCCUUUGGCUUGGUUGUAUGCUCUUUCCAAUUUCCAACUUGCAAUAGGUACAUUUAACGAACUCCUAUACGGAUACAUGGUUCAGAAUUCUUCAGUGAGGCAUCCAGCUGGGGCCGUCACCUACGGCGCAAUUGCAGGUGAUGCUUGGUAUAGAGCUCAAUACAUUUUGCAGGAUCAAAAGAUUGCCCAUUACAUGCACUUACCACCUAAAGCAGUGUUUUUCUCACAAAUAUUCGGAGAAUUGAUUGGUGUUCCUAUAAAUUAUGCUGCAUUGAGAUGGGUCUUAAGUUCCAAGAGAGACUAUCUUGAUGGGACCAAAGUUGACCCAUUACAUCAAUGGACUGGACAAUCUAUUGUCUCAUACCAGACCAACGCAGUUCAAUACGUGAUUUUGGGACCUAAGAGAUUAUUUUCUAACUAUCCAAUGUUACCUUAUGCUUUUCUUAUGGGAGCUGGUGCACCAUGUGUAUUUUUUGCAUUGCACAAACUUUUUCCAAACUCCAAGUUGAAGUUCAGACUUUGGAAUACCACUGUUUUCUUCUCGACUUUGAGCAUCUUCUUUGGUAAUGUAUCUACUGGCUAUUUGUCCCAAUUCAUUGGAGGUACAAUCACCAUGUUCUGGGCAUUCCGGUACAGACAUAAUUUAUGGAAGAGAUACAAUUACUUGUUGGCAGCUGCCUGUGACACUGGGUACAACUUGGCUAUUUUAUUAAUCUUCAUCUUUUUUUCGGCUGCAAAAACUGUUUCAAUGCCCAACUGGUGGGGCAAUAAUGCUGUCAGUAUUGAGAGAUGCUUCGCUCUAGAAUAG